CCCCGCCGCCAUGUCGGAGGAGAAGCCCAAGGAAGGCGUGAAAACGGAGAACGACCACAUCAACCUGAAAGUGGCGGGGCAGGACGGCUCCGUGGUGCAGUUCAAAAUCAAGCGGCACACCCCGCUGAGCAAGCUGAUGAAGGCGUACUGCGAGCGGCAGGGCUUGUCGAUGAGGCAGAUUAGAUUCAGAUUUGAUGGACAACCGAUCAGUGAAACAGACACACCCGCACAGCUGGAGAUGGAAGAUGAAGACACUAUCGAUGUGUUCCAACAGCAGACAGGUGGAGUGUGUUAAGACGUGCUGUCCUUUUGAGAAGAGGAGUUUAAGGAUCCUCGUCGCACCUCACUCUCUCAUCUGUCCUUGGAUUUGCUAUUAAACAGUAAACAAAUGAACAUGCCAAUCACACGGGAUUCUUCUAAACUUUAGAGGACAUUUACCAAAAUUGCUUGUUGUCUUUGACGUACUGCGUGUGCAAGUCAAAACAGUAUCUGCAGGGAUUAAUCUAUAUCUUAAAUUGGGCCAAUUUGAUUUAAGUUCAGAUUAAGUAAUAUGCGUUGUCUCUCUGCUGUUAUCUUUUUUUUUUCUUUCUUUCUUUUUUUUCUUUCUUUAAACCUGUGGCCUAAAUACUCAUCCAUGUGUUAGGACAUGGAGCGUUCAUUCCUGGCUCUUGUCGGUCUUGCCCCUCUGUUUAAUUCUAAUCAUGUAAAUAAUUCAGUAUAUUUUCAUGCCAAUGGUGAGUGUCAAAGUUUCCUUUUAAGAUAUGCCGAAGGGAAGGAGAAGAGAUGCUGAUUUUAAGUUUUUAGCGCGUGGUGCAAACACAGUUACUUCAGAAGCGGUAAGCCUGUGACACAAGGCUGGUACGUGCAGAUACAAUGCUUAGUAUAGAGUCGGAGUUUAAAAUAUUGCAGAUUUACAUGUGCUUUGUCAUAUUAUGAUAAAGUCGUCUGAAAUAUACUUUUUUAAUGCAGAAAUGAGA